AUGAUGAUAAGGUACAUUGCAUUUUCUAAGCUAUUACCACUUCUGGCAGUGGGCACACAUCCAUUGUUGAAGGUUGACAAGAUUUGUCAACAAAUCUCUACCACCACCCUUACCAUUGAUAAUUCCAUCACAUUCUCCACCCCUUUUGCUACUUUCACCUCCACUGCAUCUGCAAACUUUGAAGUCAGAAGUCCCUCAAGAAUCCAGUUGUAUAAUCGCCUUGUCCAGACUAAUAUACCUCAGUUGUUACCUUUGAUGGUUGCUGCUAUCUUAGUCCCGGGUCCUAACAAGGUUCCACCUCAUUUGAAGACCUGCUUCACUGAUCUAAAAGGGGCUCAAGUUAAGACUGUCUCUUUCAUGACUUACCUUUUGAAGAGCUUUGCUGAUUAUAUCAGACCACAAGAAGAAAGCAUUUGUAAAAGCAUUGUGGCUUCUCUACUUCUUUCUGGAGAUGCAAUUGAUAGCUAUUUUGGUAAAUCAGUCCACAGUGUCAAUCAAGGGAUUAAAACCAUUACAUUCAAAAUAGGUGGAAUAGAAUAUGCAUCAUGCUCAUCAUCCAAUGAGUCUUUACUUAUGUAUCUCAAUGGUGUGUCACCACUUCAAGGCCAGGGUGUAGUUCCAGAACUUGUUGAUGUAAAAGCAAUCAAAGAAACUAUUGAAGAUGCAGGCUUUGAAGUCAAAGAAUUUUCAGACUUUGAAGUAAAUUCUAAAAAUAUGUUGGAUCCUGUCACCAUGUGCCCUAGGGAAUCAGAUGGUUUAGCCUUAAACCAAUCUUCUGAGUGUUGUAUUCUUGUUAAACCUAAGCAUCUGAAGUUUGAUGAAAUGGAUGGAUGCGAUUCAAUUAAAGUUAGUAGUCUGCUUUCCAGGAUUAGAGAACUGUUGGGCAAUCCCUCAAUGAAUAUGGAUUCUGCUUCAUUAAAAGAUGAUAAAACCAGUGAGCAGCAGUCAAUCCCAAUCCAGUUGAAGUCUGCAAUGAUACGUUCUCAUGAGGAUUUUGAUGCGUGUACAAGUACAGAGACAAUGAAUAUCGAUUUGGACUUGGAUCUGAAUCCAUUGGUGGAGGAGAGUCUUCUUCCCAAGAACAGAAAGCUGGAUGGAUUUUUGGGACAGGAAUGUAAUUCUGCUUCAACAAUAGUAGAUCAUAAAUCCAGUGAGAAGCAAUUACCAAUGGAGAAUGUAGAAUCAAGUAAAUUGAAAGCUGCAAUGACACGUUCUCAUGACAACUUUGAUGAGUGUGCAAAAGAUGACAUGCUGGACAUGGAUGAGUACAGAAUGGUGGAGGAUGUUGAGCACAACCCUAUGGUUUCCCUGCAUGAUGAUGCUGUUGUUUACUCUGAGCCAACAUUUACUGAAGUGGAAAGUGCGGCUUCUGAAUCUGAUCAAACAAGCAAUGCUGAUGUUGGUUUUACUGUGGUUGACUCUGAUGAAACUGUUACACUAGUUUCCAAGUUUUCAUCUACUCAACAUCAAGUUGAAGACUUUUAUUAUGAGGAUAUGGAUAUUUCAACUAGUGAUGAUUAUGAUUUGGUGACCGUAGCGGAUUAUUCUUUUCCAACACAGCAACAAACUGACGAUUCACUUCCCUUUAAUUGGCAAACAAAGCAUUUUUGUUCAUCUCCUGUUGAUUUGGGAAAGCUGUGGGACAGGUCAACAUCGACUUUAGAGAAUCCGUUUGGGGAUUUAACAUCAAACAUCACAUCAUUUGUUCCACAAAAACAAGCAGCUGCAGUAUCAUUAUGUUUAUGGUAUGCUUCUUCUCUGUUGAAACAAUGGGUUUCUUUCUUCAUCUGGCGCUUAGGGAUGGAGGUGGUUCCAUUGUUAAUGAAAGCUAUUGGAUGGCAAGGAGGAAGUAUACUAGCCCUUGAAACACUAAAAUGUGUGGUGGUUGCAGGAAAUAGGGCAUGGGAUGCACUUGUUGCAUAA